AUGGAAACGAUGUCACUCUACUGGGGACUAAUUGUUCAAGCAUUCGUUGUUGCAUCCGGGAUGUACUAUCCACGAGAGGAUAUUGUCCGCGAAAAUUACCUCACCCUGGCUGCGCAUUUCACGGCCGACCAACUGUACAGAGCCCAUCGAGCACAGGUCAACGAAUUGCUUGGUGUUCCCGUUAUGCAGUCGAUAAUUGAUGGUAUGAAAUUCAAACAAGUUACACUGAAUGCAUCAUUGCUUCGGGACAUUGCCAAUCGUCUGGAUUCCUCGUUCGGCAAAUAUAUCAAUAUGUUAUCCAAAACCAGGCAAUACAUUCUGGGCAGCUCACAGGUGGACUGGUCCACUUUUCGAGAUUAUCGAUCGAUGAUCGAGUGCUCACGGAUUAUGCCCGGAUAUUUGAGAUAA